CCCGCGCCGCGUCGCCAACUCCCCCACAUGCCGCCGCGCCGCCGCGCUCCCGAGCACCACCCACCCGCCACGCCCGCGCCCACGCGCCACCAGCUACGAGGCGGAGGCGUCCCCAGUGUAGCACCACCACUAUGGCGGCGCGGCGGAGGCACGUGGCGGCGGGGGCGGGGGCGCCGGCGCCGGCUGCGGGGGAGUGGGCGGCGGUGACAGCCGGUGGCGGGGCUGCGUGGGCGUUGUCGCCGGUGGAGGAGGUCGGGACGAAGCAGGAGCUGAUGCGGCGGACGGGGCUGCCGCCGCGGGACCUCCGCGCGCUCGACCCGGCGCUGUCGUCGGCGGCGUCGGCGUCGUCGUGCCGCCCGUCCGCCAUCACGGGGCGGGACCGCGCCGUCGUCGUCAACCUGGACCGCGCCCGUGCCGUCAUCACCGCGUCCGAGGUGCUCGUCCCGUCCCCGCGCGACCCCGCCGUCGCGCCGCUCGUCCGGGAGCUCCGCGCCCGCCUCGCCCUCGCCGCCUCCCCAACCCCCGCGCCGUCGCCGUCGCCGCCGCAGCAUGGCAUGGCGGUGGGGAUGGACGGGAGCAUCUCGCCAUCGCAGGCGAGCCGCGGCGGCGAGGAGGCCGCCGGCAACGGCAAGGAUGGAGAAGCUCUGGGAGGAGGUGACAAGGCUCUGCCGUUCGAGUUCAGGGCGCUCGAGGUGUGCCUCGAGUUCGCCUGCAAGUCUCUCGAACAUGAGACUUGCACAUUGGAGAAAGAGGCAUACCCAGCUUUAGAUGAACUCACCUCCAAAGUCAGCACCCUCAAUCUUGAGCGUGUGAGGCAAAUCAAGAGCCGACUCGUCGCAAUAUCUGGCAAAGUUCAAAAGGUCAGGGAUGAACUGGAACACUUGCUGGAUGACGACAUGGACAUGGCAGCAUUGCACCUAACGGAGAAGCUCGCUUACCAGUCAUCAAGAUUCGACAUCGAUAAAGAAGCAAGCGAGCUCGAAGAUCACAGCAGGGAUGAAGAAGGAGUCGAGGGAGGCGGCGGCGGCGACGGCGACGACGAGACGAUCGCCGGCGGCGGCAGCUUCAGCCCCAACACCGACGAGCUGGAGAUCCUGCUGGAGUCCUACUUCGUGCAGAUCGAUGGCACCCUCAACAGCCUCUCCACCCUGAGGGAGUACGUGGAGGACACGGAGGACUACAUCAACAUGAUGCUGGACGAGAAGCAGAACCAGCUGCUGCAGAUGGGGAUCCUGCUGUCGACGGGGACGCUGGUGUCCAGCUGCGCCAUCGCCGUCACGGGGGUCUUCGGCAUCAACGUCCACAUCUCCCUCUACGACUCCCCCGCCUCCUCCGCCGCCUUCCCGUGCGCCGCCGCCGGCAUCGUCGCCGGCAGCCUCGCGCUCUACCUCGCCGCCCUCCUCUGCUACAAGCGCGCCGGCAUCCUCCAGUGACGUUAUUACUAGUACUACAUGUAAAAGAAACAUUGUUUUUAGUAUUAACUGUGACCAUGAGUGAUUAAGAACGAGUAAUUAUGCGUGUGAUAGUGUGAUUACGGUGUUCUAGGCCUCUUUGUUUAUAUUUAUUAUUACUACCUCUAUCCCAUAAUAUAACCCAUAAAAAAUGCAUGGUCAAACUUAA